AUAGUCAAAACUAGGGGUAGAAAUCAAACCAUGGUUACUGAAUUCAUCCUUCUGGGCUUCAUGGAUCAUCCAGAGUUGUGGACUAUUCUCUUCCUGGCAUUUCUCUUGAUCUACAUUGUCACAGUCUCAGGAAAUCUUGGCAUCAUCAUCCUAGCCGCUCUUGAUGCAAACCUUCAUACCCCAAUGUACUUUUUCCUCAGCAACCUGUCCUUGGUUGACGUUGGCUAUUCCACCACUAUCGCUCCCAGGUUGCUGAUGACCUUUCUACAAAAGAAUAGUACUAUUCCAUUCACAGAGUGUGCUAUGCAGUUCUUCUUUUUCUGCAUGUUUGCCACAGUUGAAACUUGCCUGCUAGCUGUUAUGGCUUAUGAUCGCUUUACUGCCAUUUGCAACCCAUUACUCUAUUGUGCUGCCAUGUCUAAAAAGGUCUGUCUGGUGUUAGUAAAAGGUGCAUAUAUUUGUGGAUUUGUGAAUUCAGCUGUUCAGACAUCAUUGAUAUUUAGCCUGUCCUUCUGCAGCUCAAAUGUUAUCGGUCAUUACUUUUGUGACAUCCCUCCCAUCCUGAAACUUUCCUGUUCAAGCACAGAAGUGGCUAACACUGUACACUUUAUCUUAUGUACUGUGAUAGUCGUGAUCACUUUGUUGAUUAUCCUCAUCUCCUAUAUCUACAUCAUUUUUGCCAUUCUGCGGAUUCGCUCUGCCCAGGGGAGACACAAAGCCUUUUCCACCUGUGCCUCCCAUCUCACGUCUGUCACAAUCUUCUAUGGAACCAUCAUCUUUAUGUAUAUGAGGCCCAAUUCCAGUGUCUCAAAGGAUGAAGAUAAAAUUGUUUCAGUGUUCUAUACCCUUGUGAUCCCGAUGCUAAAUCCAUUGAUCUACAGUCUGAGAAAUAAAGAUGUAAAGGAUGCUUUCAUAAGGAUGAGAGGGAAGAUGACAUUAAAUUAA